AUGGUCAGCGGCCGUAGCGAGGUUAUCACCAUUGUCACCGCCGUCUUCUUCGGCAUUUCGCUGACGACGGUGCUAACACGAUGUUUUGUGCGAUUGCGUGUGGUCCGGGCCUUUGGCUGGGAUGACACUUUGAUGGUGAUUGCUAUGAUUAUGAAUACCGGGUUUGCAAUAUGCGGCUUGUUGGGUGCGAAAUACGGCAUGGGCAAGCGACUCGAAUAUUUCCUCCUCCAUUAUGAUUCCUUUCACAAGGCGUUAUUUUGCUGGUGGUUGGGCCAAGUCUUCUACAUAGUUACAUGCAUUAUCGCCAAAACCUCGAUUAUCCUGUCGCUACUCCGCAUCACGGUCAAUCGCAUCCAUAUUGCCAUUCUCUAUGCCGCCAUGGCGCUCAACAUGCUUGUUGGAAUGCUCUUCUUCUUCUUCACCAUCUUCCAGUGCACGCCCGUCAACCACUUUUGGAACCGCAUGGAUCAGGACUUUGGCAAAUGCAUUGAUACUUGGGUGCUCAUUGAUAUCGCAUAUCUGUAUAGUGUCGGCGCGGCCAUUACCGACUUCGCCAUUGGUAUCCUUCCGGCAUUCAUGAUCUGGAACUUGCGCAUGUCGCAGCGGGAUAAAAUCGCGGUGAUCGGGAUUUUGAGUCUGGGCUGCAUAGCAAGUGCCGCCGUCAUCGUUCGCAUUCCCUACAUCCAACACUACGCCGACAUGCAAUUCCUCUACAAAACCACCAACAUCUCCAUCUGGUCCAACAUCGAAGCUGGCCUGGGCAUCACCGCCGGCUCCCUCACGGCGUUACGCCCCCUAAUCCGAUUCUUCCGCGAAUCCUCGAUGGGCUCCCGCAACUAUAGCCGCAACCCAGGCUCGUACCCGCUGUCGAGCACCAUAGGGAAUAACACGCCGUACCAGCAGUCCAAGCUGGAACACGAGGACGUGCAGCAUCUCUGGCCUGGUGGCAGGGAUAUCGAGGCGUAUGGAGUGCGCACGGUGGUACUAGGGAAUGGACGAGUUGCGGCUGCACCAGCGGCUAGCAGCAGUGAGGAGGAAUUGAAUCCGAAUACGGUAAUGGGGAGUCGGGAGUUGGGGCGGAUGCGAAAGGGGUGA